UCCAUGCGAACAUGUGUGUUCAACGACUUGCGAUUUUUACGCAAUUCGAUUCUCCGUAACCCUGUACAAUCAUAUUCUCUGUCACGUUGCAUUCAUUUGCCACGGAAAGCAGGGAGGCAAUGCCAGGUACCUAUCUACCAAGUGACACGUCCCAGGAUGUGGAUGGGAGGACACAGGGGCUUUAUGACCAGUGCAUCACUGCUCAGCACAGAGCCAGAGACUAUCCAAGGGGAGAUAAUCGAGGAGGAAGCCAGGGAGGAAGAAACAUACCACUCCAUUAUCAAAGACACAGAAAGGUCAACUGGUCCAGGAGAUAAACUGGAGUUCCAGGCAGAGACACGGAAGCUUCUUGACAUUGUGGCACGGUCUCUGUAUUCAGAGAGAGAGGUGUUUAUCCGGGAGCUGAUCUCCAACUCCAGUGAUGCCUUGGAGAAGAUGCGGUACAUGGAGAUGAGUGGGAGCACGGAGGGAGACCCUACUAUUCCCCUGGAGAUACACCUCGCUGCUGAUGAUGCCAAGAAAACAUUCACCAUACAGGACACUGGGGUAGGAAUGACGAAGGAAGAGAUGAUUGGUAACCUUGGUACGAUAGCCCGGUCUGGCUCUAAGGCAUUUUUGGAGUCUGUGAGUGAGAGUAAGUCGGACGUCAACAGUAACAUCAUUGGUCAGUUUGGUGUGGGCUUUUAUUCCUCCUUCAUGGUGGCUGACAAGGUCGAGGUGUUCUCAAAAUCACACCAGCCUGAUGCCGUGGGAUACAAAUGGACAUCUGAUGGGACGGGGAUGUUUGAGAUAGCUGAGGCUGAGGGAGUACAGAGGGGUACUAAGAUUGUUCUCCACCUGAAGGGAGACUGUUAUAACUAUGCAAACGAGGAAAUGAUUAAAGAGGUGGUGAAGAGAUACAGUAACUUCGUGGGUGUCCCAAUAUUCCUGAAUGGAAAGCGAGCAAACGUUGUUCAGGCACUCUGGUUAUUGGAUCAGAAAGAUAUAACGGCCGAUAUGCACGAGGAGUUUUACAGAUAUAUCGGUAACGUGUAUGACAAGCCUCGAUAUCAUCUCCACUACAAGACUGAUGCGCCACUCAACAUCCGAGCCCUUUUCUAUGUCCCUGAGUAUAAACCAACAUUAUUUGACAUGAGUCGUGAGACCGAUGUUUGUGUGACACUUUAUAGCAGAAAAGUUAUGAUCAUGUCUCGAGCUUCCCAUAUACUGCCACGUUGGCUCCGAUUCCUCAAAGGUGUGGUGGACAGUGAGGAUAUACCGCUCAACCUAAGUCGGGAGCUACUACAGGACAGUUCGCUCAUCAGGAAAUUAAGGCAAGUCCUUACAAGUCGCAUUCUCAAAUUUUUCCAAGACUGUGCAAAGAAGGACCAGGCCAGCUACGCGGCAUUCUACGAUGACUAUGGCCUGUUUUUCCGGGAAGGAAUCGUCACUGAGCAUGAUCAGGAGACAAGAGAAGAAAUUGCAAAGCUGUUGAGAUUUGAGUCAUCAAAAUCAGCCAAGGGUGAACGUAUCAGUAUGAACGAAUAUGCGUCUCGGAUGAACGCAGGAGCUCGGGAGAUCUAUUUCUUGUCUGCUCCAAAUCGAGAGUUGGCUGAGCAGUCUCCGUACCUGGAGGCUCUCCAGGCCAGAGAUGUGGAGGUACUUUUCCUGUAUGAACCUUACGAUGAGCUUGUCCUGAUGAACCUCGGCCAGUACGACAAGAAGUUCUUCAAGUCCAUAGAGAAUGAGAUGACAAAUGACACAGCUGAUACAGACUCGGUGGAUGAGGGUGAUGAAAAAAGUUUGCGCCAAGAGGAGGUGGACGAUCUUAAGACCUGGUUACAAGGGGUGCUUGGCAACAAGGUCACAAAGGUCAAGAUUACUAAGAAGUUGGUGUCCCAUCCGUGUGUAAUAACUGUCCCUGAGAUGGGAUCUGUGCGGCAUUUCCUCCGUACCACCCUGGCCGAUAAGAGUGAGGAAGAGCGUUACAGAGUGUUACACGCUACACUGGAGAUCAACCCUAGUCACCCACUUAUCAAGAAGGUACAUGACCUACAAAAGAACAACACAGACUUAGGACGACUGGUAGCAGAACAGUUGUUUGACAAUGCCAUGAUCAACGCCGGCCUACUGGACGACCCUAGAACAAUGGUUGGACGCGUCAAUGAGAUCCUGGAAAAGGCUCUAUUGUGAUGGAAUUCUUAGAGAACUUAAUGGUUGGGGAUAACAUUGUGUUAGUCGGCUGUCAGCUUACUCCGAAGAACUGGACUACAUUCUAAGACAAUUUGGUAGCUGUGUUGUACCGAAAAAAGAAUUGAUCCUUUUAUCUAAGAGAUUCUUUUAGAUUAAUGUUGGUGGUGUGUGAAUGUUCAAGUCAGCUUACAAACUAUACAGUUUAGAUAAAGAGGGUCUGAUCAACUGCUGGUGGUCAUCUUAAUAUCAUACUUCAUAUUCAUUUCCAUUGUUUAAAAAAGAUGUGCAGGAUUUGUUGUAUCUGUGUGAAUUAAGUAAUGAUACUAGAUAACCCACCAACAAGGAAAUCGUUUAUACCUGAACCUCCAAAUGUGACAGACAAAUAUUAUACACAGAUUUUAUUUGAACAGAGAUCUAAACAUUGCUUCCGUUGUUGAACAUCACACAUUUCUUUGGUUUUCAUAUAUACAUGAAGGACACAAGUGAAAAUUUCCAUUGUAGAAUAGAAAAAAAGAUAAGAUGAUUUUAAAAAUAGAUGUUUGAUGUUUUACUUGAAAUCGCAUGCAUAUACAGCCAAACAUCGUUAUUCUGAACUCUGGUAAGUAGACAACCCUGCAAAACAAAGUAAAAAUUGAAUACAAGGGAUAUCUUGGAAGUUUUUUUCAUGAAUCCACUAACUUCGUGAUAUCGAUAUUCAACUGUACUGUAUUUGAGCGAAAUCUUCAAUGUCUUGAUUUUCUUGACUAUGCAACGGGUAGGAUUAGCCUGUUUAAAGCCAAUAUCCUUGACCAUAUAAUAUGUAGGAAUAGCUAGCUGUGUGUUAACGGUGAUGUAGUUUUAACAUGUGUGACGUUCGUGUAUUCUUGUGUUUAACUGUGAUGAUGAAUGAAGGAAAUUUAACAAGGUAACAAUGUGUGUGGGCAUCAAAAUGGAUAUCACUUAAGUGACAAUUCACCGGUUUAGCUGCAAAUGCUACAAAAUCAAUAUUUAUGUAGGAUUACAUUUAGAGAAAGUGGUGUAUUUCUUGGGUUUGAAUUUAGAAAGUGUGUAGUUAAUUCUGUAGAAGAAGAAGUGGUGAAUUUCCUUGGUUAGAAAACAUUUGAUUAAUUUCUGAAGGCUUUCAUCGCUGUUGUUUUACUCUUCCCAAAACACACUUUACUGUAGCCGAGAAUGACGUGUGUAAUCCAAUUUAAUCCAUUGAUUCCCUGUUGGUGUCACCAGUGUAGCUAGUUACAUAACGCACGCAACUUCUAUGUUUGUAUGACAGUUUUGUUAGCCACAACACUCCGACUGUUGUCGUUUUGCCAAAUCUCAAUAUUUUCUAUACAUACUGAAGACUCUCUAUACUGAACUUGCCAAAUCUAGAUUAGAUUUGUUGGCUAUAGAACAAGUAGACUCUCCACUAUCAUAUGGAACUCUAACAAACUAGCCACUUGGGAUCCAGUUUUGCUGUUCUUGUUUUAAAGGUAGAUGAAAAUUAAGUUUGGAUUUGCAUCAUUAAUGAGGAGGUUAAUUAAUGUGUCAUUUAAUGAUUUAAGACCGAUCUUUAUCAUUUUAAGGUGUAAUUAUAUUGGCUCAGAUCACAUUUUUUGCUCCUUCUUCAUCAUAUGUAAAAUUUGAGUUUCAUCAAAUGAUUUCAUCAUACAAUGUACCUGUACCAUAAAUUACCAUAAUCGUAAUGAAUACACCUGUCAAUCAUAUCACCAAGCUAUAUAUAAUAAACACAGGAUGUUUUUCUAGGUUUUAGAGGUCAGGAUAGCUUGUUACUAAUCUUUAUUUACAUAAAAGUUUACAUCUUUUGUAAAUUGUGAUAUCAACUUGUGCACCAUUAGAUUGUAUACAUGUAUAUGAGCUGCCAUUUUUAAUUUUUCAUUAGUAUGAAGUGUGGAUUAUGAUAUGAAAUAAAACAAAAAGAAACUA